AUGUACGUACGUACGUAUGUAUGUACACACUCGCAAGCACAGUCGUAUGACUCUGUACCUACUCGAGUACGCAGCAUCAACAUUAUGCACACAGCACCAUGUACCGAACCAAGUACAUACAUACCUACAUCCCUACAUACGUAUGCACACGGAAUUACGCGGUACUACGCAGGUCGGAUUGCAUCUAGUACAUGCUCAUGCACGCCUGCCGCUGUCAUCCAGCCAGCACUGCCUCAUCCCCUAGAUAACCACACUUCAAUCCAUCCCGCCAAGUACCUACACAACUCCAUGUGCAGUCUGUACAUGUACAUGGUCACCUACAUCAACUGUCGAGCAUGCUGCAUAUCCAGUUGGGGCCAGCGUCAACCUGUGGGGAGAAGCCUGAGUGGGCAAUCUAACUACUCAAUAUACCUAAAGGAACAAUUGUGUGAGGGUGCCGGGCUACGAUCCUACAUGUCCAUGUCCAUACCUACUCAGGUACAUAUGUACGUACAUCUAUACCCGCCUGGCACAUGCCAGGCGGGCGCAAAGUGUGCGAACAAUAUAUCGAUAGAGGUCGAGUCGACAAUUUGCCGUGCAAGGUGGAUAAAUGCGAGGCUGCCGUCUGCCCAUCCAUCCCCAUAUACCGUCAUCGUCCAUCAAUACCAUCACUCAUACAUCAUGCGCCCGCAAUGGAUGAGCAGCACAUGUACAUGGUACUGGCUGAUCAGCAUCAUACAAUUUGCAAGUACAAUGAAUCAACAGGCAGAGAGAGCAACUGUGGACCCGUGGGUGUACAUAGUAAAACAAGAUGGAGGGUAA